UCAAUCACAGCCAUUAUAAUUUGGACUCACCAAUUAAACAGUGUGAAUUCUUAUCUUUUUACUUCAAUUAACGUGGUAAUUUUUAGUCCUUGAGAGUUAACAUAGAGCCUUCUUUUUUUGUCCCAGUGACUAAGGUAAUAAAUAGAUCCCUGUAUCCAGAUCUAAAAUGAUUUUGAAUCGGAGCAAGUAGCAACCAAGAAAAAGGUCAACAUCCGAGAGGGUGCAGAUCAACAUUUUCCAAAACCGGACAAGUGUCUCUGAAGGAAGACUGCACUGGCACAUUUCACUGCUAAGUGCAGGAAGCAAACCAUUUGAGUUGGAUCAAAGGCACCCAGUUUCAUCGCCUGUUAAUCACUCUAGAGCUUAAAACGGUGGAGUAAUUGGUGGGUUUGAGCUUAAACUAGUGUUGACCCCCUCGGAUCCUUACAAGCCUGCCCCCGUGGGGGCGAGCAGAGGCGCGAGGGGCAGCAAAUCUACCAGGGAAACGCUGCUGCUACCUUCCUCCCCCGCUGCCGCACGCGCGCCCAAGGAAUAAGAAAACUUGCACGAGGAGGCGAUCCGAUUUCCCAGCCUGAAAACUGGGGUUCAACCCCCAUUCGUGCGCCCUCAGCCAUUGCCCCCUUUUGCACGCCUCCCUAUGUUACUUCCUUUCACACUCAACACACUGUAUAAUACGAUUGCUACUGCUACUGCUUAGUAUAUGUACCAGCAGUACCGCUACCUAACCAGCGGAAGCUUGUGGUUUGCCGGGCCGAGCUGCUCCUGCUCCUCCUGAUGAAGCUUUUGAUGGAGAUGGAUAUGGAGACGGAGGUGGAGCUGUCGCCGGUGGCGAAAGCCGAAGCGGCCGUGUUCAGCCCUUACUCCAGCCCGAGCACGGCCUUGUUGCUGCAGAGGAGAGUUGUGGCGUGGGCCAAAGAGACCGGGUCACCGGCGACGGUCCGUGUCCGCGGCGGAGAAAGAAGCUUCGAGCUGCACAAGGAUCCUUUGGUGGCCAGGUGCCGGUAUUUCAGUCAGGCGUUGCUCCAGUCCGGCGAUGUCGAGCUGCCAGCAAGCUUCCCGGGAGGCUGCGAGGCCUUCGAGGUGAUCGCGUUGUUCUGCUACGGCGAUGCCGUGCCGCUCGACCCGUUCAACGUCGCGGCAGUGCGGUGCGCGGCGGAGUUCUUGGACGUGGGCGGCCUGGGCGCGCGCUGCGACCUUUACAUCAACCAGGUGGUGCUGCAGAGCUGGGACGACGCCCUCAUCGUCCUGCAGCGGUGCCAGCCCCUGCUACCCGUCGCCGAGGAGCUCCUCAUCGUCAGCCGCUGCGUCGAAUCGCUGGCGUUCAUGGCGUGCAUGGAGAUCCUCGACCCGGAGCAGCGGCGGGACCAGCCCGGGGCCGCCGCCUCGCACGCGCUGGUCGGGCGCCGGUGGGACGCCGAGCUCGUCAAGGAGCUCGCGGCCCGCGACCUCUGGAUUAAGGACCUGAUCGCGCUCCCGUUCGAGUUCUUUAAGCGGAUCGUGCAGGCGCUGCGGCGGCAGGGCAUGAAGGAGAAGUACGUGAGCCCCGUCGUGCUCUUCUACGCGAACAAGUGGGUGCUCUCCAAGAAGACGCACAAGUUCUGGGCGAGCACGGACGACGCCGUCGACGGCGAGACCGACGCGAACAGGAGGGCCACUAGGAUUCUGGAGAGCGUGAUCUCGCUCCUCCCGGUCGAGGCUGCGGCGAGCAACGCGAUCCCGGUGGCUUUCUACUUCGCUCUGUUGUCGCGGUCGCUCGCCCUCGAGCUGAGCGACGAAAGCCGGACGAGAUUGCGGGACCAGGUGGCGUCCAACCUUCAGUUCGCCCGCGUGGACGACCUGCUGCUGCCGGAGGAAGAAAUCGACCAGUCCAUCGCCGACAGCCGGGAGGUCAAGGCAGUGGAGAGCAUCGUCUCAAACCACGUCACCAUGCAAAGACAAGGUGUGGAAGCCGUCGCCGAGCUGUGGGAUCGGUACCUCGUGCAAAUCGCUGGUGAUACGAAGCUCCGGCCGGAGAGGUUAGCUGAGCUGAUCGGUGUCAUUCCGGCCGGCGAACGGAAGACCCACAACCAUUUAUACGAAGCAAUCAACACAUACUUUAUGGAGCAUCGGGGUUUGUCCGGGGAGGAGAAGGCAGCGCUGUGCAGGCACCUCGACUGCCGUAAGCUGUCGCACGAGGCGUGCAUCCAGGCGGUGCAGAACGAUCGGAUGCCGCUCCGGCUGAUCGUGCAGGCGCUGUUCGUGCAGCAGCUGCACACACACCGCGCCUUCACGGAGUGCUCCGACUCAUUCCGCUGCAUGCACUCCGGGGAGCUUGUCCCGGGCGCCGGCGCGUACACGCCGAGCCUCGGGUGCCCCGCCAUCCCCAGCAGCCAGCCCCUCAGCACGAGCAGCCCGUACGAGGACGCGCACGACAUCCACGCCCCGCGCGACGCGUCGGACUACGAGACGGCCAGCUUCAGGAUCCAGGCGCUGGAGCAAGAGAUCCUGUCGCUGAAGCAGACCCUGCAGCGGCACAACACUCUGAAAGGCUCAGCGCGCAGAGACGGAAAGGAGCCGAGCUCCAAGGUCACAGCGGACGCAGCCACGUCGGGUGCAUCGGUCAGGCGGCGAGCCGCGGUGUCCGGCAGCUGCAUUGGGUCCAUGCGGUGGGGCUCACAGCGCCGGUGCGCCAGUAGGAUCCUGCGCGUUUUCGCGAGGCUGGCAGUGUUCGGGAGGGGUAGGUCGAGGGGGAAGUAGAGCAAGCGCAGGGCAACAGCAGCAGAGCAGCUCAAUGGCUUGUAGGAGUAACCGAGUAAAAAGGACGAACUUUUUUUACUUGUCGAAAAGAAAGUGAAGAUGUUACGGUAGAUUCGGGAAGCAUGCGAUUAUUUUGUGUGUACAUAUUGCUAGCAAUAUUGAAGAUUUGAAGAGAUAGUUACUGUCAGGUGGUCGUUCAGUAGGGGCAGUUGAAGAUUUGUGUGUACAUAUUGCUAGCAAUAUCGAAUACUUGACAUUUUUGACUGAACAGGUAUACCAAGGUAGUAUCGUUUUUAGGAAAAUGUUU